UGUGUAUUUGGUGCUUUGGUGGGGUAAAUGUCAGUGAAGCUAAUCUCAUAAUUUUAUAUUUAAAUUUGCGUUAAUACAAAAUAAUAAUUCAUUUCUUGUGUUCGUUGAUGUGCGUUAUAUAAAAUUGCAGAAAUGGUGAAUGAUUUUAUGGAUUCUGAACACUAGCAGCGAAAGUCGGUGGUGUUUAUUGUUUUUGUUCCUAAUUCAAUAGUGGACUCGUCCAAAAAAACCUUUGUGUUUGAAGUGUUUGUCAAAGUUGUUAGUAAACAAUUUUAUUGAGCCCUCCACUUCUUUUGAAAACAGGACUUUAUAUUUGCAACAAUUCCAUCUGUAAUGUACCCAUACGAUCUUAAUAAUAAGAAGGCCGUUAAACGUACAUUACUUCCGUCGGUUCACCUUGUACAUUCGAAGAGAAAAGGAAUAUUCAUACAUCCAACAGCAAUGUUUAAGAACUGUAUAACGUGUCCGGUCCCGAAUUGGUGUACAAUAUAAAUUUGUGUAUUAACUGAAAUCUAAGUACAAAGUUUUUGUUCAAAUAACGUGCGAUAAUAUUGAGUAAAUUUGUCAAUCAUGAAACUUCUUGAAAGUAGCCGAUUUGAAGCAAUUAAUAAUGCUUUGUCGAUCAAAACUGGUGAUAGCAAAAUAGUGGGCCGUAUUGAAAGUUAUUCGUGCAAAAUGGCAGGCGGGGAAAAGGCACUGUAUAAACGUUUUAAUUCUGAAGGUAUACACCCUAACGAUUUGCAAGCUUUGUCUCCUCCCCAAGGGUAUAGCCGCAGCGUUUCCGGGGACGAGGACGGCCCGCUUUGUGACACAAUCAGUCGCAAAUCCCUCUUUUAUCUCAUUGCCACUUUAAACUCUGCGUUUCCUGAUUAUGAUUUUAUGGACGCUAAGAGCCACGAGUUUAGUAAGGAGCCGUCUCUGCAAUGGGUGAUGAACGCAAUCGAUACAAAUUUGAGCGCGACCGCAGGUGAAUAUUACCGCUCUUUGAGACAACAGCUUUGGGCCGCCGUCGAAGAUGAAAUCGAUAUGAAAGAGUGCGACAUUUACUCCUAUAAUCCGGAUUUGGCUUCGGAUCCGUUCGGUGAGGAUGGAUGUCUUUGGAGCUUCAAUUAUUUUCUCUACAAUAAGAAACUGAAACGUAUUGUGUUUUUCACCUGUAGAGCCAUUAAUCCUUUAUAUGCAUCUGAUUCUGGAGUCGGAAGCGAUUUCGCAAUGGACGAAGACGACUUUGAUUAAUCUCAUUUAAGUGCAAUCUUUUAAAAAUCACAAUACAAGACAUGUAAAAGAAAAAUUGGUGCAAACACUUAUUUACCCGCACUCUAUACAUGUAUUCUAAUAUUUUUCUAUAAGUAGUUCUAAGGUACACUUUAGCAUUCUUGUCUUGCGCCACAUGGACCUCGCUGUAGAACAGGCUCCUCUAUCAGUGUUAUUAUUUCAAAAACUGAAUAGAAAUUAAUCCGAUCCUGUACAUAUUUAGGAAAUAAAAGACUAGUAAUUAACAAUAAUGUAAAGGCUGAUUCGAAAGUAUUUGUAUUUAAAAUUCGUCAGU